AUGUCUGAGGGCACCUACAGACUCGUCACCGUGAACACUGCCCCGGAGCGGGCGCAGCGACUCAUCGGCAUUGUCGCAGAGGCCGUGAAAGACCGCUACGCGAUCGAGCAUGUCGCCAACUGCGAAGGCGAGUGGUCUAUCGGCGAAGUUGAAGCGAAACUGAAGGAGGUCCAACCGGAUCUGCUAUUCUGCGCAUCCAUGUGGACGGCCGAAGAGAGCGAGGGUAUCCAACAGAUCGGCCGCGACUCAGUGCCGGGGAUUAAGACAUACGCCAUUCCUCACGGUUUGCAGGUCAAUGGGGGGCCGGAUGCGGUCGUCGAGCACCUGAAGAAGCAAAUUCCGCUGCUGUUGGACUGA